CUUGAGAACUACAUUGUGGAAAACAUGAAAUCGGAGAUGGUGCAACUGCAGCAGAAUGCUGUGCAGAACCACACCGCCACCAUGCUCGAGAUAGGGACCAGUCUCCUCAGCCAGACAGCAGAACAGACAAGAAAACUCACGGAUGUUGAAACCCAGGUGCUAAAUCAAACAUCCAGACUUGAAAUUCAGCUACUAGAAAAUUCACUGUCAACAUACAAGCUAGAAAAACAGCUGCUACAACAGACACAUGAAAUCUUGAAAAUUCAUGAGAAAAACAGUUUACUUGAGCACAGAAUUUUAGAAAUGGAAGAAAGACAUAAAGAGGAGCUGGACACUUUGAAGGAAGAAAAAGAGAACCUACAGAGCUUGGUCACACGACAAAGCUACAUAAUCCAGGAGCUAGAGAAGCAGUUAAACAAGGCAACAAGCAAUAACAGUGUCCUGCAGAAACAGCAGCUUGAACUGAUGGAUACAGUUCACACUUUGAUCACCCUUUGUUCUAAAGAAGGAGUUUUACUAAAAAAUGCAAAAAAGGAAGAAGAAAAGCCCUUCAGAGACUGUGCAGAUGUAUACCAAUCUGGUUUCAACAAAAGUGGGGUCUACACUAUUUACAUUAACAAUGUGUCAGAUCCUAAAAAGGUCUUUUGCAAUAUGGAAAUUGCUGGAGGAGGGUGGACAGUUAUACAGCACCGAGAAGAUGGGAGCCUGGAUUUUCAAAAAAGCUGGAAAGAAUACAAAAUG